AUGGAGCGCCGCGAAAAGGAACGUGAGCGAGAUCUGAAUGAUCAGCUGGACACUGUGCAGCGGGAUCUCGCAACUACCCGCAGUGAGUUCAACACGGCAGAGACAAAGUGCAGUCAAGAAAUGGCACAGAUGCAAAAAGACUGGCGAGCAGCAAUGGCAUUAACACGGCAGGCACUUGAUAGAGCGGAGUGUAUUUGGCGUGAUUUAGUGAUGGAAGAAAAGGACCGACUUGUGAAGGAACUGCAGGAGCGGGAACGAGAGCGAUUUGAUGUUACUCAACGCGUUGUGGGGGAUCUCGCUGAGCAGGUCUCGCGUCUCUCAGAGAUUGUAGCAACGAAAUUGACAGAUAUAAAGCAACAACAACAACAUGAACAGUGUGUUGAGCGGGAAAUAGAGAAGCACCGAGUGUGGCUUCAAGAGCAUAAGAAGAAGGAGUCUGAGUUUUUGUGCUUUUUCAAAGAAACAUGUACACAACUGCAGAAUGCUAUUCAUAAAGAAGAACAGGCGAGAGAGGAAAGUAUGAGACGUAUUGAACAACUCCUGAUGGGUACUACCACUAACACCACCAGCAACAACAAUAGUAGUAACAACGCUAUCAAAAAGGUGUAUCAUUUUUAG